AUGGACUAUGCUAAUCGUGGAGUGUCGAUUGCGGAUUAUGAUAAAUAUAUGAUGAACUACUUAACUCGUUCACUGUGCUUCCUGUCUGUGUACUACAGAUUAGAACACCUAUACUGUAAGUUGAUAACAGCGUUCUCAGAGAUGCGUGGAUCUGAUUUAAAAAUAGAAUAUUGUUCACCUUUCUCAACGUUUGGUUCAACACUGUAUUCGGUCAAUCGCCAACGUCCGUCCGGUGUUUCAAAAUCAGGAGAAAUUAAUUCUGCUGAAAAUUAUCAUUCGAAUGAUACUUGUGAUGAUUUUUGGGAGUAUCAAGAGCAAUCAUCCAACGGACUUCAAGGAACAAACACCAUUGAAGAUACAAAUAUUAUAGAAAAACAUUUAAGGUGUACGAUUGGAAAGUGCAAAGCUAGAUUUUGCACAGAAGACAAUUUGAUGUAUCAUACAAAAUGCCAUUUAAACGACAAAUUUAAAUGCAUUGAAUUCGAAUGCCAGUUUACCGAUUCAAAGUGGGUAUCUAUGAUGACACAUUUGUGGAAAAAUCAUAGUAUAGACGUAGAAAUGUUUGGUUGCAACCAAUGUGAAUUCAAAACGAAUAGUCUGUACAAAUUGAACACAUUUCAUAAAAACAUUCACAAUCAAGAGAAACCGUUUCUGUGUCCGGUGUGUAAGAAAGGAUUUAAAUCGAUCAAACAGCUCAGGAACCACAAGGCGAUCCACGUGAAAAACGAGAGGUCGUUGCCAAAGGCCGAGCUGGUGUGCCAGCACUGUUGCCGCGACUUCAGCACCAAGUACUUGUUGCACCAGCACAUUGCCAACGUGCACGUCGGGAUGCGGCCGUUAACUUGCGACACCUGCGGGUACGCGACCAACGUGGCCAGCUCGCUGAAGCUCCACCAGCGGUUGCACACCGGCGAGAAGCCGUUCGCGUGCGACGAGUGCGUCUUCCGGACCGCUGACCACAACACCCUGCGCAAGCACAAGAUGCGGCACACCGGCCGGAAGAACUACACGUGCCCGUUGUGCGACUACUCGUGCAUACAGGCCUGUUCCUACAAGAAUCACCUCAAGUCCAAACACCCGGGAAUGGAUGACGGUUUCCUAUAUAGCUGUAACAUGUGCAAUUUCAAGACCAUUCGAAAAGAUAUAUACAUGCAACACAUUGUCAAACACAAGGAGGAAACUGUGUACAUUAACGACACAUGUGAUCCAAUCAUCGACUUGGACGAGAUGCUCAAUGAAAAAGAAAAAAUACAGGCUGAAAUUGUUGAACAACCGUAUUACCCCUUCAACACUAUCAGAGUUAAGCCGAUAAACACUAUAAACAAUGAGAGGUUGUAG